ACCGAUCUUCCUCCCCUUAGCGCCAUAGCCACCAUCCUUUUUCAGUUCUCUCCCCAAAAGCAAUGGAUCCAGUUAGCACCUGGGGCAACUCUUCCCUCCAAUCCGUCGACCCUGAAAUCCACGAUCUCAUCGAGAAAGAGAAGCGCCGCCAAUGCCGCGGCAUCGAGCUCAUCGCUUCCGAGAACUUCACUUCCUUCGCCGUCAUCGAAGCCCUCGGAAGUGCCCUCACCAACAAAUACUCCGAGGGUAUGCCGGGGAACCGUUACUACGGAGGCAACGAAUACAUCGACGAGAUCGAGAAUCACUGCAUGUCUCGCGCUCUGGAGGCUUUUCACCUCGACCCAACCAAAUGGGGUGUCAACGUGCAGCCGUAUUCCGGUUCCCCGGCUAACUUCGCCGCGUACACGGCGGUCCUCCAGCCGCAUGAUCGGAUCAUGGGACUGGAUCUACCUUCCGGUGGUCAUUUGACUCAUGGGUAUUAUACCUCCGGUGGGAAGAAGAUUUCGGCUACUUCGAUUUACUUUGAGAGUUUGCCUUAUAAGGUGAACUCGAGCACCGGGUAUAUUGAUUACGAUAAGUUGGAAGAGAAGGCAAUGGAUUUCAGGCCCAAGCUUAUCAUCUGUGGUGGGAGUGCUUAUCCUAGGGACUGGGAUUAUGCUAAAUUCAGGGCUGUUGCUGAUAAAUGUGGAGCUCUCUUGCUGUGCGAUAUGGCUCACAUUAGCGGCCUUGUUGCUGCUCAGGAGGCUGCGAACCCGUUUGAGUUCUGUGACAUUGUCACCACCACCACCCACAAGAGCUUGAGGGGUCCUAGGGCCGGUAUGAUCUUCUACCGUAAAGGACCGAAACCCCCCAAAAAGGGCCAACCUGAAGGUGCGGUGUAUGAUUUCGAAGACAAGAUCAACUUUUCCGUCUUCCCUUCUCUUCAGGGAGGUCCUCACAAUCACCAGAUCGGUGCUUUGGCCGUUGCCUUGAAACAAGCCAUGUCACCCGGGUUCAAGGCUUAUGCAAAACAAGUUAAGGCCAAUGCAGUUGCCCUUGGAAAGUACCUGAUGAGCAAGGGGUACCAGCUUGUUACUGGAGGGACCGAGAACCACCUUGUUCUUUGGGAUCUCCGACCUCUUGGAUUGACUGGCAACAAGGUAGAGAAACUUUGUGACCUGUGCAACAUCACCGUCAACAAGAAUGCUGUAUUUGGUGACAGCAGUGCGUUGGCACCCGGUGGAGUACGAAUUGGUACACCUGCCAUGACCUCGAGAGGCUUGGUCGAGAAAGACUUUGAACAGAUUGGCGAGUUCCUCCACCGAGCGGUGACCAUCACCUUGGACAUACAAAAGCAGUAUGGAAAGCUCUUGAAGGACUUCAACAAAGGUUUGGAAAACAACAAGGAGAUCCAAGAGCUCAAGGCGGAUGUUGAAAAGUUUGCAUCCUCUUUCGACAUGCCGGGCUUCAAGAUGUCCGAGAUGAAGUUCAAGGAUUAGAUCUCAACUGCAUUUUUAUGCUUUAUUACCAUUAUUAUCAGCAUCUGGGUCUUAAGGAAGUUUGCCUCUGCUAAUUUCCAAUGAGUGGAAAAACAAGGGAAAUAUAUGAAGAGUAUCUUCCAUUUCUAUGUAUGGUUUUCAUUGUCUAGGGUUAGCGGUCCAUUCGGUAUGAUUUUUCAAGUUUUUGAUGCCCAUUUCUUGUAAGAGUUUGCAUAAAACUUAUGUACCAAUUUGCAUAUCGCUUUAAUUACCAAUAAACGAGAAAUUUGGGUUUAUAAUUA